GUCUAAAGAGUCGCUCGAGUCUUGGUUGCACUCUUGAGAGUAGCGAAUGUUGAAUUUCUUUCGGUAUCCGAUACGAGUGGAAACGAGACGCAGCAGAGCAUCACCGGACGCACGCGCCGAUAUACUCGUCACUUUGGAUGGAGCCAAGCUGCUCGUUCGUUUAACUAAACAACGGCCAAACUUGUCCGACACAAGGUCCCUCUUUCAUUCUCCCAGUUGGUCACAUUUUUCGGGGCUUGAUAUCGUGAAGUGCCAAGAAGUCUGCGGUGCACAAAGCUGUGCAUAUAGUUUGUUCGAUAUUACACAAGUGGACAGAGAUUAUAUUGACGCCAUGGAACUACUCUUUCCCCUUCAGUGAGGAUAUAUACAACAAAGUGAAUCCAGCAGACGUGUAGAACCGCUAGCAGUGAUUUCGUUGACGGCGUGCUGGCCUAAACGAUGAUAACUUCUUUAGCUGAUUCCAUGGUGCUUUCAAAAAGUGAAGGACCCAAAAAGAUGACGGACUUGAAGACGGGCGUUGGGGGAUCGAAACCAUCGGGUUUCACCGUCAAAGACAUUCUCGAUUUACCUAACGUCAAAGCGGCCAGCUCCUCAACAGAAACGAUUUCAUCAUCGCCCGCAAAUGAAGCGAGUUUCCUCAACAGCCACUUGUUCUCGUCCACUUUUCAAAUGGUCGAAGAGAAUCAACUGCGACCUUACGGCAGUUCGUUCCCGCGCUACCACACGGCCGAUUACUCGAUUGGCUAUCCGACGGAUCUUCUCUACAGCCUGGCCGCUCGCUGGCCUACGUCGGCCAUAGCCAAUGCAAAUCGAAACCUAAGCUUAGGACCAUUCGGGCUAGUGGCCCAUGCACAUCACCACCCACACGGCAGCGAAAGCUUGUCGCUGGCCUCCUCGCUGGCAGCCAGUAGUCGGUGGGAAUCGCGACUGGCCAAAAACGCCAGCCAUCACCACGUCACAAUGACGACGCCUCUGAGUCCCGACACGACUUGCUCGACGCCCAUCCAGGAGGGACACGGCAACGCCUGCAAAACGGACGGCCAGCACAACUCAUUGCAUUUGCGCCAGGACGACGCCUGCCCGGACAGCACCGACUGCAACAACGGCCUAAUGGAGGACGACAGUGACCUGGACGUUUUCAAUGCUAGUCACAGCAGCUGCGACGAUCUGCGCGACGACUCCCGCAUGCAAGACGACGGACUCAGCGAAAGUGACGCCGACGCCGACGACGACGACGACAACGACGACGACGACCAUCAGCGAAAGGCCCUGCUGAGGAGAAAGGAGUUGCCCGGCCGAUCCAACAACCCUGCCGAUGGCCACCACCACCACCACCAUCAGCAGCAGCAGCAGCAGCAGCAGCAGGGCCUGAGUAAUAAGAAACGCAAGCGACGCGUCCUCUUCUCCAAAGCUCAAACUUACGAACUGGAGCGUCGAUUCCGCCAGCAGCGCUACUUGUCGGCCCCCGAACGGGAGCAUUUGGCCAACCUCAUUCACCUGACCCCGACGCAAGUCAAGAUCUGGUUCCAGAAUCACCGCUACAAGACCAAACGGGCCCGGCACGAGAAAAACGUCCAGGAUCUGCAGCAUCAUCAGUCGAUGGCACCGGCCCGCAGAGUGGCCGUCCCGGUUCUGGUCAGAAACGGGCGGACUUGCAUGGCCACCCCUUUGAGUCAUUCAAUGGCCUCCAACGGGGGUGGCGGCGGUGCCGGUGCCUACAGCAUGGCCGGCCCUGCUGACAAAUCCGCCAGCGCUGUUCAAUCUCACGAAUUCCCAGGCUCGCUGACUAAUUCGGCAGCUGCGGCAGCUGCUUGCAUGAGCGCCAUCUCCUUUAAUAUGAAUGCCGGCCUAAACAUGGCCAGCGCAUUCGGUCUGAAUGGGCUGGCAGCAGUCAACGCGGCCGCUGAUCCGGCCGCUAUGCAACUGCAACCAGCAGCUUUGGCGGCCAACCAACAGAAUCUGCAUCCGACAGCAGCAGCAGCAGCAGCAGCAACGCAUUCGAUGGCCGCUUUACCAACAGGCUCAAACAUUCCUCCCGGCUCAAACAUCCCUUUGAUGCAGGCCCACUCCCUGGCCUUUGUGCCGACACAGUCUCGCUGGUGGUGAUGCAAUGGUCCACAAGGAAAAAACAAAACCGUACACCUAUUAUAUAUAUUAUUAUUACUACUACUAUACUAUCCCAGUUUUUGAUUCUUUCGAUUUUUAAAUACACGAGUAAUAAUUUCUGCCCCCCUCCAAUUUGUCACGAAAGUACCAAUACAAAUAUCGUAUCAUAAUGUUAAUAUUUCAAAAAGAAACAAAGGUUAUUGGCUUAGUGUAUAGCUUAUGUGCGAUCUCACAUUCAAACGUAUCGAUUCUUUAAUAUCUUCUCGGUUGCUUUGAUUAGGCACAAAAUACCGCCAAGUUAUCGCCGUGCCGAAAAACUUUUGAUUACAUUUUUUUUUCUCGACUCAUUUUUCAUCUUCUUGUUAAAUCGCAUUUCUACUCAUUUUGGCACUUUUGUUUCUUUCGGAAUUUUUUUUUUCCUAUUGAAUUUCAUUUUUUGAAAAUUUAGUACGUCAGUACCCAACACAAAUUCAUGUAACUUUGAUUCAUAUAAGAUGUAUUGUUUAUAAUAUAGUGUAAAUUCAUUGAAAAUCAA